GAAACCAUUUUUGGUUGACAGCUUUAAAUAAAUAGUGUACAAAUAUAGCUCCACCCACAAUUGCUUCUGGUCCAGCAUGGUAAAUUCGUUGUGCAGACUUAAGUGACAAUGGCCAAUCAACCGACCCCGACGCAACCACCGCGCAAGGAGAGGCGCAUCGAGCGGGACGAGAACCGUGGCCAGUGGACGUCGAAGUGGGAGUUUGUCCUCUCGCUCAUGGGCUAUGCCAUCGGUAUUGGCAAUGUGUGGCGCUUUCCCUAUCUGUGCUACCGCAGUGGCGGCGCCGCCUUUCUCAUCCCCUACAUGCUGAUGGUAAUUCUAGUCGGUAUUCCCCUAUUUUAUAUGGAGAUUUUAAUCGGACAAUUUUCGAGCACUGGAUGCACGGGCAUGUUCCGCCUGGUACCCCUAUUUAAGGGAACUGGAAUCGCUCAGGUUGUAGUGAACGCAUUCUGCGUCUGCUACUACUCGGUGAUUAUAUCGUACCCCAUUCGCAUGAUCUCCUACUGCUUUUUCAAGAAGGUGCCUUGGGAGGACUGCCAUAAUCCAUGGAACACCGACGAUUGUGUAGCCGGAACUAACUUGGGAAAGCAAAAUAGUACUGAGGGAUUUAACACUGCCUCCGACGAGUUCUUUCACUUAGAAGUCCUUAGAAUCUCAUCAAACAUCUCCGAGUUGGGCGGCAUGGUGUGGCAACAAUUACUGAGCCUGCUGGUCACCUGGAUUGUUGUCUACCUGUGCUUAAUACGUGGAAUCAAAUCAGUGGGCAAAGUCGUGUACUUUACGGUCCCCUUUCCCUACAUCCUGCUCUUCAUCCUGCUCGUCAGAGGUGUCACAUUACCAGGGGCCUGGUCGGGCAUCAAGUUCUACCUGUAUCCCGAGUGGCAUCGACUGCUGGACCUCAAAGUCUGGGCCGAUGCCGCCGUUCAGAUGUUCUUCGGCAUCGGACCCGGCUGGGGUGGUCUCGUCAAUAUGGCCAGUUUUAGCAACUUUCGGAACAACGCCAAAAACCAAUCGAUUCUCAUAGUUUCAGUCAACGUGUUCACCAGCAUCUUUGCCGGCUUUGUCGUCUUCUCCGUGCUGGGUUUCCUUUCGGAAAAGACAAGCAUACCCGUGGAAGACGUGGCCACCGGUGGAGCGGGACUGGCAUUUGUCACCUAUCCGGAGGCCAUUGCCAUGCUGCCAGUUCCACAGCUCUGGGCGCUAAUGUUUUUCGCUAUGCUCUUUCUGCUAGGCAUCGACAGUGUGUUUGUACAACUGGAGUCCAUCAUGUCGUCUAUUCAGGAUGAGUGGGCGUGGGUAAGGAAGCACAAAUGGAAAUUGACCCUUACUUCUUGCUUCGUUUUUUUCGCCCUCUCCUCGAUAAUGUGCACAAAUGGUGGAAUGUACAUCCUACAAUUGUUUGAUUGGUACUCUUCGGCUAUAGCAGUAAUUGUUAUCUGUCUGGUGGAGAUUAUUAUGGUAGCUUGGAUUUAUGGCAUUAAAAACUUCAUGCUGGAUACAGAGUUUAUGCUUGGUAAAAGGCCAAGUCUAUAUUGGAGGAUCUCGUGGCAGAUUAUCACUCCCCUAGUCUUAAUCUUUAUUCUCAUUACAAGCAUCGUGUUCAUUAGAACAAUCACCUACAACGGCGUUUCGUAUCCGGAUUGGGCCGUUUAUAUCGGCUGGGCUAGUUUUGCAGCAUCAGUAAUGUGGAUACCGCUGUACAUAUUCUAUAUCAUGAUCCGCAAGCGUGCCACAUUGUGCGAAAGUCUGAAGAAGCGUCUCAAGCCCUUGGAUUGGACUCCGGCGGAUCCGCAAGAUCGGGCAGACUACGAAGCCUUCCGGAGGCAGCGACAAAUGCCGGCAUUUAUGUCUGACACAGACAUGGAGGGCACCAAAUAGAUUUCUUUAUUUAUUAAUUAUUAACACUUAAUUAUUAACACAAAAAAACAAAAGGAAAACCUAAACCUAAACCUAAAACAAGAACGGAACCUUACUUCGACAAGCCUAUGUUGUUAAGCCCUUUUAAAUUUUUUUAUAUUUAAAUAAAAAAGAUCAAGGAUA